AAGGCAUUGCUGUCGCGACGCCCGUCUACUUUGCCACCGGCAACCGCUGCAAAGCCUUUUGGUGGGCCUGUGCGUCAUCGCUCGCGGAGCCCCUCGGCGCCAUUCUCGCGUUCUUCAUCCUCGGAGACGGCCUCAACCCGACCGUGGAAGGUGCUAUGUUUGGUCUUGUCGCUGGUAUGAUGGUGACGCUCUCGAUCAAGGAACUGAUUCCGUCGGCCGUCAAGUUUUGUCCCGAUGGCAACGCUGUCUCGAUUGCGAUCCUCGGCGGCAUGGGCAUCAUGUCGUUGAGUCUCAUCCUCUUUGCGUACGUCGGUGUCUAA